UCUGUCACCAUAGGGAUCGAGGAACAAGACAAGCGGUAAGACGAUGAUCCCACCGACCGCAUCUCUCGUCAAAUACGACAAUCCCAUCUUAGUCAGUAAGACCGGAGACAAACAGAAGGUAAAAACAGCGAGUCUUGACGUCAACAUGUUCAUUCAUACUCACGCCCCUUUCGCCCCCAUUUCUCCCCAGACGAAACCUCUUACUGGAAAACAAGCAUCAUCAACCAUGGGUGUACAGACUGCUGGUCCUACCGGUCCUGUUCCACCCGCUGCAAAAGGCAAACUUCCGCCGGUAGACAGUCAGAAAGCAUCGCAACAGACCGAGGAGAUCUUGAACUCGAUUUUGCCGCCGAGAGAAUGGACUGAAGCGGGGCAGCUGUGGGUGCAAAGUGUGUCGAGCACACCAGCGACGAGGCUGGAGGUCGUCAAACUUCAGGAAGAACUUGACUUGAGGCUACAUAUCCGUCAGGCUAGAGAGACAGGAAUAUGUCCGGUGAGAAGAGAGUUGUACUCUCAGUGUUUUGACGAACUGAUCAGACAGGUGACCAUCAACUGUGCAGAGAGAGGACUCUUGUUGUUAAGAGUGAGAGACGAAAUACGCAUGACAAUUGCUGCAUACCAGACUCUAUACGAGAGCAGCGUUGCAUUCGGAAUGCGAAAAGCUCUUCAAGCUGAACAAGGCAAAACGGACAUGGAAAAGAAGAUUGCAGAGCUAGAAGAAGACAAACGAGGACUAGAGAAACAGCUAAACGAAGCCAAAGUACGAGCAGAGGCAAUCGAAAAGCGCGAAACAGAAAGGCGGGUUAUCGAAGAAAAGAAGCACGCAGAGGAAAUCCAGUUUCUCAAGCGGCAAGUGCAACAGUACAAGCAACAGCUAGAGGGUAUUGUUGCUCCAAGCAAGAAGUAACAGACAGUGAAAUUGUAAUACGUACGAGGAACAUGCAUUGCACAGUCUGUUAGCAUAGAGUCGUGUAGUGUAUCUCUUAGUAUUAGUGCAUAUAACAUAAUGCUAUCGUUUCAAUAACAAUACAUUGUCACUCUG